CAUCGUAAGCAGUAGAAGAUAAUUUUUCAUCUGUAUGUGUGGUUGAGAGAGUAAUAAGUGACGUUUUCUUACGUGUUUUUUGGGGAUCAUUCUCUUACUAACUCUAACUUUCUCUCUCUCUCUCUCUCUCUUUCACUGUGUCAUUGACAAUUUGACAGUUUGCUAUAAAUUGCAUUCGAAGGCGAUUUUUAUGGUCAUCGGCUACACACUAACCGAAUAAAAAAAAAAAAAUAAAACGUAACACAUUAAGUGCAAAUUAUACCACCGUGGAUUAACUCAUCACAACAAAAAUAUUGAUAUAUUAUUAUAAUCCUAUUAUCAACAAUAAAAAAUAAAAAAAAAAAAAAAAUACGCGCUCCACAUCCCUCUUUUCACACACUCACACAUGGAUCAACAUUCAUGUGAAUUGGCUGGGCGUAGAUGAAAUUUGAUGAAGUUAACGCAAUCAACGUAACGUGAGCAAAUUAAUACAAAAAAAAAACUACAUAACAAAAAAAAAAAUUUAAAUAAAAGAAAAAUUUAAACAAAAUUAAUUAAUGCAUGCUAAUAAACGUGAUAGCAACAACAUCAAUUCAACGUAACAAAAACGUAACCACAUAAUGUUAAGUUCGCUCGAGACAUUGGCCGGUAAAAUUUCACCUGGUUCAGGGAAAAGCAGUCCGUCCUCCAAUAGUCAGCAAUCCCCGCAAUAUCAAAGUCACCAUCAACAGCAAGUGCCGGCGUUGGCAGUGGCGGCCAUACAACGCGGUAACGGCCACCACUACAAUGGCGGCUUGGAUAGUAACUGUAAUAACUGCAACAAAAUAUGCCACCCGGGACAUAGCAUCCAUCAUCCCUAUCACAAACAGGACCACAAUAAUUGUCUGAAGGAACAUGCGUUUGGUAUGAGCGACAAUGCUAGCAACAACGACAGUUUACCGAACAGUCCCAUCAAUAAUAACAAUAGUAGCCUAUUGAAUAACAAUAUUAGUUUAUGCAACAACAACAACAAUAGCACCAGCAGCCCCAACAAUAACAAUAAUAAUAACAACACGAGAAAUGCGAAUAAAAAUGUCCCAUCGGACGCACUUAUCCGCAUGGACACGUCGGAUAUCCCCUUCGACGAGGAACCGGAUCCAGAUACGAUAAAAAUGUUUGUUGGCCAAGUUCCAAAGUCAAUGGAUGAGCGCCAGCUGCGAGAGAUGUUCGAAGAGUUUGGUCGGGUCCAUUCGAUUAAUGUUCUACGAGAUAAAGCCACCGGAAUCAGCAAGGGUUGCUGUUUUGUGACAUAUUUCGCCCGAAAAUCUGCCUUAAGAGCACAAGAUGCUUUACACAAUGUGAAAACCUUAAAUGGGAUGUAUCAUCCCAUUCAAAUGAAACCAGCUGACAGUGAAAACCGAAAUGAACGGAAACUCUUCGUUGGUAUGCUAAAUAAGAAACUGAAUGAAAACGAAGUCCGAAAAUUGUUCGAACCCUUUGGAACAAUCGAAGAGUGUACUGUGUUGCGUGAUCAAAACGGACAGAGUAAGGGGUGUGCCUUUGUAACAUUUUCAACCAAACAAUCUGCGAUAUCAGCCAUCAAAGUAACAUUAAAUCAAAACAAAAUCAUGGACGGAUGCACCUCACCGUUAGUUGUCAAAUUUGCCGACACUCAAAAGGAAAAAGAGCAAAAGAAAAUCCAACAAAUUCAAGCGAAUCUAUGGAAUUUAGCUUCAAAUAUAAAUAUCCCAUUGGGCCAGACGGCGACAACUGUAUCAACUCCAAUACUGCCAAAUCCACCGCAACAAGCGAGUCCUGUAUUAGGAUCGGACGCCAUAACACCAUCGUCCUUGCAAUUUUUGCAACAACUUCAAGCUGUUGGCUUACAGCAACAGAUAUUGCAAGGUUUAAGCGCACAAACGGGAGGAGCUGAUGCAUCGGCGGCUGCAGCUGCUUUCAAUGUACAAAAUUUGGCUGCUAUUGCAGCUAUGACCCAACCAUCGUUGACCGCUAGUGCCGCACAACCUGGAAGCGCGCAACUCACAAAUGCAGCUGCCCUCUUAUGUCUAUUAGGAAAAACCGCCAACUCAGGGUCGGAUGCUAAUUCAUUAACAUCAGCGUAUAUGUCAUCGGCCGCAGGACUACCACAAUUUGGUAGCACAGCUUUAUCCACAUCACCAUUGGCAAGUGUGGCAUUAAGCACAGCAGCAGCAGUUGCUGCCGGAAAACAAAUUGAAGAUCUCAUGAAUCGCACCUCUAUAUGCCUUAUGUGUGAGGGUGUCCUUAAACACGCGGGCUCUUCCGGUCGUGCACAGGGACCUGAAGGAUGUAACUUAUUCAUCUAUCACCUACCACAAGAAUUCACCGAUACGGACUUGGCUUCAACUUUUCUACCAUUUGGCAAUGUGAUUUCCGCCAAAGUGUUUAUCGAUAAACAAACAAACUUAUCCAAAUGUUUUGGAUUUGUAUCAUUUGACAAUGCUGAAUCCGCCCAGGUGGCGAUUAAAGCAAUGCAUGGCUUUCAAGUUGGCACAAAACGUUUGAAGGUCCAGUUGAAAAAGCCAAAAGAUGCCUCAAAGCCGUACUAGGUAGGUUUGAGUAAAAAAAAAAAAAAAAACAUCACAAAUAGUCCCACAUCCAGUGCGGUGUAAAAAAAACAACAACAACUCAUCUUAUGUUUUAUUCUUAUUUGCUUCUGCUUAUAAUAACUAUUUAAUUUUCUUUUUUCAAAACUUUUUAAAAGUUUGUUGUGGAUUUUUGUGUUUUUACUUAAAAUAAUGCUUAUUUUU